GUGUCCUUUAGAGGUGCAUUUGCCAGUCGCGGGGAGGGGGUGGAGAACGAGCGAACGAGAGAUGGAGGUGGCCUGGGGGCGGGGAGAGAGAUUUCACUUUUUAUUCCAAAUUAUGAGGUAUUCGGAAGCCAGCGUUGGCUCGCACGGGCAGAGUCCUGUCGGCGGCUGCUGCGUCUCGAGGCCACUGUGUGACUCGUAUUUGAGGGGGGUCGGUAGUGAGUAGGAGGCUCUUGCAGGCUCGAAGCCGACCGAGCAGGCUCGCCGCCCAAGCCCGCGCCUUCAAGCUGGGGGCCGCCGACUUCGGUUCCCGCCACACCCUGGCUGCGUCCAUUUCUGCCCACUCCUGUCUGGCAGCCGCCAGCUCUGUGCUGGGACCGAAGCUCCAGCCUGACCCGGAUUCGGAGCAAACCGCGUAGACACGUCCGUGGUUGGGAAACCGACUCGGCCUCGCUGAUCCGGAGGACAGAUCCGUGCUGCGGGGUCUCACGCUAUUCCAGGCGGUGGGCCACGGGUGGCGACGGUCCGACCCUGGCUAUUCCUGAUUGGUCAGGUGUGGGGUCUUUUUAUGGGAGGGGGUGGGGGAAGCUCCACACCUGCAGGCUGGGCCAGAAAGCUGUUUACCAUUCCCUGGACUGGUUGGCGAGGACAUGAGGAUGACGGAGCGGCCGCCGAGCGAGGCGGCCCGCAGUGACCCCCCGCUCGAGGGACGGGACGCGGCCGAGGCCCGCAUGGCCCCCCCGCACCUGGUCCUGCUCAACGGCGUCGCCAAGGAGACGAGCCGCGCGGCCCCUGCGGAGACCCCGGUCAUCGAGCUGGGCGCUCGCGGCGCGGGGGGCGGCCCAGCCGGCGGGGGCGGCGCAGCGCGGGACACCAAGAGCCGCGAGGCGGCAGCGGCCGAAGCGCGCCAUCGGGUGCCGGUACCCACCACCGAGCUGUGCCGCCCGCCCGCGCCCGCGCCCGCGCCCGCGCCCGCGCCCGCCGAGCUGCCCCCCGACGGCCGCAUGGUGCAGCUAAGCCCGCCCGCGCUCGCCGCGCCCGCCGGCCCGGGCCGCGCGCUCCUCUACAGCCUGGGCCAGCCGCUGGCGUCGCUCGGCAGUGGGUUUUUUGGGGAGCCAGAUGCCUUCCCUAUGUUUGCCACCAACAACCGAGUGAAGAGGAGACCCUCCCCGUAUGAGAUGGAGAUCACGGAUGGUCCCCACACCAAAGUCGUGCGGCGCAUCUUCACCAACAGCCGGGAGCGCUGGCGGCAGCAGAACGUGAACGGGGCCUUCGCGGAGCUGCGUAAGCUCAUCCCCACUCAUCCCCCCGACAAGAAGCUCAGCAAGAACGAGAUCCUCCGCCUGGCCAUGAAGUACAUCAACUUCCUGGCCAAGCUGCUCAACGACCAGGAGGAGGAGGGCAGCCAGCGCGCCAAGCCUGGCAAGGACCCCGGCGUGGGGGCGGGCGGAGGGGGCGGCGCCGGGGGCGGCGCGCCCCCCGACGACCUCCUGCAGGACGUGCUCUCCCCCAACUCCAGCUGCGGCAGCUCCCUGGACGGGGCGGCCAGCCCGGACAGCUACACAGAGGAGCCGGCGCCCAAGCACACUGCCCGCGGCCUCCAUCCCGCCUUGCUGCCCGCCGCGGACGGAGCCGGUCCCCGGUGAUUGGGCCCGGCAGGCCAGGCGGGUGUCCCCAGGCCUGUGGGCCCCGGGGCUUCGGGGCAGGUGGGCAGAGGACUCGGACAGCCCUGAGGCAGGGCAGUGAACUUGAGCUUUCCUCGAUGGCUAAACUCCUGGAAGCCCUCCGCCCCCUGCAGCUGGCCGCCCCAUUUCUAGCCCUGGCAGGAGACUGGAAGGACGGAGCAAAGUGGUACUUUCAUGACGACGACGGCACGGUCUUGCCCC